CUCACACACACUCACUCUCACACACUCCGGAGCAGAGGCACGGAGGAGGAAACACACAGCGAGAGUGAACGAGAGGUUUGGGGGGGAUCCUUCACUUGGCUUUUUUUUUCACUUAACAACUCGCUGGAUCUAAAGAUGUGGACUGAAAUCGGGAAGCUGGUGCUAUUGCAUUUGUUACUCAUGGAGCUCCAUUGCGCUAAAGGAACUCAUACGGAGUCGGAGUGUGAAACCGGGCAGUUUCAGUGCAAGAACGGACGCUGCAUCCCGACCCUGUGGAGAUGUGAUGAUGACGACGACUGCUCGGACAGCAGCGACGAGGAGAACUGUCCAAAGAAAACAUGUGCGACCACGGACUUCGCCUGUAAGAACGGACAGUGUGUCCCCGCUAGGUGGCGCUGUGACGGAGAACCGGAGUGUGCAGAUGGUUCAGACGAGGCUGAUGCAAUCUGCAGCCGGCAGACGUGUCCACCGGAGAAGUUUGAUUGCGGAGGGGCGACCAGCAAAUGUGUUUCUCUGUCAUGGCGAUGCGAUGGGGAGCGGGAUUGUGAGAACGGGGCGGAUGAGGACCAGUGCGCCGCAGACGCCAAGGCCUGCCCCUCAAAAGACUUCCAGUGCCGAAAUGGGAAGUGUUUGGCGCCCAUCUACGUCUGCGAUGGCGACGACGACUGCGGAGAUUCCAGUGACGAGGAGAAGUGCUCGGCUCCCACCUGCGGCCAGCACGAGUUCCGCUGCAACGACUCGGAGUGCAUCCCUGCACUGUGGAGCUGCGACGGAGACCCCGACUGCAAGGACAAGUCCGACGAGUCGAUGGAGCGCUGCAGCCGGAGGACGGAGCCUCAGAAACCUCGCUGUCCAGUGGGAGAGUUCCAGUGUGGGAGCGGGGAGUGCGUCCACAUGAACUGGAAGUGUGACGGAGACGCGGACUGCAAGGACAAAUCCGAUGAAGCAAACUGUCCCCUGCUCACCUGCCGACCCGACGAGUUCCAGUGUGGAGAUGGAUCCUGUAUCCACGGCACCAAGCAGUGUAACAAAGUGCACGACUGCCCAGACUACAGUGAUGAAGCCGGCUGUGUCAACGUUACAAAGUGCGACGGGCCGAGAAAGUUCCGCUGUAAGAACGGGGAGUGUAUUGACAGCAGCAAGGUGUGUGACAACGUCAAAGACUGCAAAGACUGGUCUGAUGAACCAAUGAAGGAGUGCGGCGUGAAUGAGUGUGCAGACAACAACGGCGGCUGCUCCCACAUCUGCAGGGACCGGCGAAUCGGUUACGAGUGUGACUGUCCCUCCGGGUACAAACUGCUGGACAAAAAGACCUGUGGAGACAUAGAUGAAUGUGAGAACCCGGACGCCUGCAGUCAGAUCUGCAUCAACUACAAGGGAGAUUAUAAGUGUGAGUGCUACGAAGGCUACGAGAUGGAUCCAGCGUCUAAGACCUGCAAGGCCGUGGGAAAGAGUCCGUACCUGAUGUUCACCAACCGCCACGAGAUCCGUCGCAUCGACCUCCUGAAGAGCGAGUACGCGCAGGUGGUUCCGACCCUGAAGAACGCCGUGGCGCUCGAUGUCGAUGUGUCCACCAACAAGAUGUUCUGGUGUGAUCUGUACCAUCGGAAAAUAUACAGCGCUUACAUCAACAAGGCCAGCGACUCGUCCGAGCAGGUGACUCUCAUCGACUCGCUCCACUCCCCCGAGGGCCUGGCUGUCGACUGGGUGCACAAGAACAUCUACUGGACCGACUCAGGCAACAAGAGCAUCUCCGUCGCCACGGGAGACGGCAGGAAGAGGAAAGUGCUGAUAGCCACUGAGCUUAGCGAGCCGCGGGCCAUCGCGGUGGAUCCACACCAAGGGUUUAUGUACUGGUCCGACUGGGGAGGCCAGGCCAAAAUUGAGAAGUCUGGGCUGAACGGAGUGGACCGUCAAGUUCUGGUGUCGGAACACAUCGAGUGGCCCAAUGGAAUCACUCUGGACUUGUCAAACAGACGUCUCUACUGGGUGGACUCCAAGCUGCACCUGCUGUCCAGUGUGGAUCUGAAUGGAGACAACCGCAAAGUGCUGCUGUCCUCCCAUCACCACCUGGGUCACCCCUUCGCCCUCACUGUGUUCGAGGACCGAGUGUUCUGGACGGACUUGGAGGAUGAAGCGAUAUACAGCGCCAACCGGCUGACGGGGCACGAUGUAGCGAAGGUGGCCGAGCACCUGAACAACCCGCUGGACCUGGUGGUGUUUCAUGAACAGAGGCAGCCCAAAGCCCCCGACACCUGUAACAUGGGCAGUCUGCCGAAUGGAGGCUGCGAAUACUUGUGUCUGAAGGCCCCUCAGAUCACAGACCACUCCCCCAAGUACACCUGCGCCUGUCCCGACGGCAUGGAGCUGGGACCGGACAUGAGGCGCUGUGCAGUAGUUCGGCCAAGAACGACCACAACAGCCGCUCCAUCCACCACCACCACCACCACCACUACACCUCCUACCACCACCACUAAAACAAGCCCAACGACAACUAGCACAACAACUCCCCCUCCCACCACGACUUCCCCUACGACCACCGCCUCAAGCACGACCACCACCUCUCCUGCCACGACGCUCAGGCCCACGUCCAGACGUCUGACGACCCCGACCCCUCCUCAGACGCCCAGGAGAACCUCUACGGAGCAUCCUCGGACUCGCUCAUCCACGAGUACAGAGACGACCACUUUCAAAAGCCAGAGCUCCACUUCCACGCACACACCCCUGCUGGGCCCAGUGGCACCCAAUCAGAGAGAGAGCAACGGCAACCUCUCCCACAGAGCUGCGAGUGAUCACUACCUCAUAGGUAACAACAUCACAGUAGCUGUUCUGGGGAUAGUCAUUCCUAUCGUCCCUAUCCUUGCCACAGUGGUCAUCGGAUUGCUCUGCACCGGCGGCUACCUGGUGUGGCGCAACUGGAGGCGCAAGAACACCAAGAGCAUGAACUUCGACAACCCCGUUUACCGCAAGACCACGGAGGACGACGACGACGAGAUCCACAUCGGGCGGCACAGCGAGUCCAUCGGCCACGUGUACCCAGCAGUGAGUGGCAGCCACAGUCAGCCGUUCAUAGCGCUGCCUCUAGGGGGCGGCAUCACAGACAGCAACUCUCACUGGUACUCAGGGGCGCCGAUGCUGUCCAGCGGCAAAUGAGAGCAGCUGGGGAAAAAAAAUUGUGAUGAAGGGAUCAUACACGGGGAGGGGGAGGGGGGGGGGGGAUGCCCGUUUGUUGUUCAAUGUUUGCCUGGUGGAAAGAAAGAACAGGCUUACACACGCACACGCCCACAUUCUCACACAUUUGAAUUCAAACACCAAUCAUACACACACACGAGCCCUUCACCCGUACUUCACAUACACAUUGUUUCACCUUCAUGACCAUUAUCAUACAGUACAUAUGUUUAUCCUUGUUGUCAACCUGCCAUGCCAUUUAUUUGUACAUUCUGUUGGUUUUUCAGGUUGUAGAAGUGCUUGCGUGUUACUUGGAGACGUACCCCCCCCCCCCCCACUUCCUUAUGACACUCCUUACUCAGAUCAUCUUUGUUGCCGAGAGCCGCCGAGGCAAUGGUUGUUUCGCAGCCUCAAAUAUGUACCACAGGGUAGCAUUUUUUUUAUUUUUUUUUGGGAGAGAGGAAUUUUGUGGUUGUUUCUUUCAUAUAAUUCUUCUUGGCAAGGAUAAAGGUUGGUAGGACAUGUGACGGGGACUGAGGCGUAAAUAAUAACUGCUGUCUUGUUGCAGUAAAUAUGAAAAAAAAAAGAGGUGCAUGAUGGGUCUGUUUAUUGGUAGAAGAAAAGAAUAAACAAGAGAUGUGCUUAAGGACGAAGAGCUUUACUGUCACUUCAGAAAGUUGACUUAAAGGACAGCAGGGCAGAGAAGGAGACACUUUUGUUUUAACGUUUUGAUUAUGAGAAUUUAUAGUGUCAUCCUGAUGUUGAUUUUAGAUGUAUUUUUUCUGUUUUUGUUUGUUUGUUUUUUCAUAUAAGGCAUGACGGUAUAAAAAGGGAGCACAUAUCAGAACCGAUGACAGUCCAAAAUUAAAUUAUUCAUAUUCUGUUUUAUGUGCAGAAACCAAAAAUCUGUUGAUUUCCCUUUGAAGCAGAUUGAAACUGUUCAUGAAGCUGCAUUUCCCCUCUGACUUCUAAAACAAUGCCAGCGAUUGAUUUGCACUUCAACGCAUCGCAGAGUGUGGCAUCUUUCCGACGCUUGUGACAUUUAUUGAAUAUAUUUGUUGUUUAAGGUAUCGGAAAGCGAGGGCAGCCUAAAAAGGAUUAUAGCUUCUUGAUAGGGGUGGGGGGGUGGGGGGGUGGGGGGGGGGGAGUGGGAGUCUAGCGCUUUGAUCGGUUGGCAUGGAAACACAGAUUUCUUUGUGUUGCUCCAGAGAGAAAAAGAGGCAAGGAAUUCUGGGUAUCAUUGGCACUGUGACAGUCUGGAGACGCACACAUUUAAACACACACACACACACACACACACACACACACACGCACGCGCGCACAUGAAACAGGUGCACGACUAAGUCAUAUUAAGAUUCAAGGUCGAAUUAGCUACCACCCUCAGUGAAGGGCUACUGCAAGGGAACUCUACUCCCUCGCUCGUGUCUUGCAGGUUUAUUAUCUAUAGCGUCUCUUUUAUUGUCUGUCUCCUUCUGUCCUCUUGUCUUCUCCUCCUCUUUUCUUUCCUAUCCUCUUCAUCAUGUUCUCGUCAUUUUUUUUUUUUCAUGGCAACGUGGCAACUUAGACAGCCAGGGAAAUCAGGCUGGCAUUAUGUGGGCCAGACAUUUAAAGCCGUAGGCAAGCAUCCUGCAUUCCUCGCGUAUAGGCAGCCAGAAAACAAGGGAGAGAACAAGAAUGGGGGUUAGAAAGAGGAUACAAGGAAGGUCAGGGGCAAAAAAGGAAGAGGAUGGAUGAAUUUAUCGUCUGGGCGCCAUCUAGGCUCAAAUCUUCUCCUGGUUUCCGCCUUUGUUCUCUUUCUAUCUCACUGUUUUUUUUCUUCUCUCUCUCUCUCUCUCUCUCUCUCUCCUUCACCAGCCUUCUGUGGUAACAGUCUUUUUAUCUGCUGUUUGCAGCGCGUGGCACUCAGUCUGGAGGAUGAUGGCUAUCCCUGAGGGGGGGGGGGAUGUACCAUCCUACCAUCCCGCCCCCCCCCCCCCCCCCACCCCACCCCGCCCGCGCGCCCUCCCUCCGUCCUCUCCUUCCCAAUCCCAUCCUGGCCCCUCCUCCUCUCACCACAGCCUCUACAGCACUACAACAAGGCCGGUACAACGCAGAGGAGAAAGACAAGCCUUCUUACCUUUUUUUUAAGGCGCAGGGAUGACAUGUACUUCUUAUGCCCCCUUGCUUCCUCCUCUUCUUCCUCGACAUUACUACCACUACUAGCCACUACUACUUCCCCUAGUUCUAGUGAAUUUGUAGUCCCUGCUUUUGCUCCUCUCUUCCCUCUCUGCCUCUUGUUGUAGCUGUAGUGGUGUGUGAAAUGCUACUUGAUGAUUUCUGUUCAAACUAACCUCAUUAUGGCUGCACAUUGAAGGCUGUCAGGCCGACACAAGGGGAAAUGCUGGAUUUUUAUCAUUUUCAAUCCCUCAUAAUAUGACUUUUUAUUUAUUUGUGUGCGUUUGCUAUCAUAAGUAUGUCGUAAAAGUCGCUCAGUGCAGUACAAAAGGCAGACUUCUUACAAAAGGACAACAUUUUUCUUCCUAGUUCCCUUUACAUCUUGAGUUGACUCAACAGAUAUUUUAAAGACGGGGGGGGGGGGGGAUGUCAUCCUUUUUCACGCCCUUCCUCUCAUAUGCUCCCCGUGACAUAUUGUAUGAAGGCAGGCAACACUAAAUAUAGCCAAGGGGAAAGUAGACAGGAAGAAAUGAUGGGGUUGGCAGCAUGUUUGGAGGUGAUUUUGGGGUGAAAAAGUGAUGCAGGAUGUGUGUGUGUGUGUGUGUGUGUGUGUGUGUGUGUGUGUGUGUGUGUGUGUGUUUGUUUUUGAGGGGGAAUAGGAGGAUUUGUGCCACCAGAGGGUAGUGCCUCAGGGCAAAAAGCAGCAGUGCAGAAAAGACAAGGGAUUAUGGGUAAUCCUCUCUCCUGGUAUCAGAGGUGUGCCCACAGUCGAUAAUGAACUUUGGAUUGUUUAUUUGCAGCAGGUGUCAGCAGUCACACAUUUGCUCCUAGUUCUUUGAUGCUGCCAUUAAUAUUUAGGAGAUGGAGCUCCAGAGUGUAACAAAGCAUCUUCCUGAGAUAUGAAAAUGCUCUUUCGAGUUCCUGAAUUCACUGCUGCCAAACAGAGUUGUUCGGUUUGUUUAACCAGUCACCCUACAACCACUGAUUUCAGCAGCUUCACAGUGCUGCUCUGUGGGUUCCUUUCCAAAACAAAUGUCUUUUUUUUUUUUUAGCCCCACUUUCUUAAAUCAUGGCUGUGUGUUCUCAAGAGGAGAUGAUGUGGAAAAGAGGAAUCGCUUCCUGCUGUCACUGACUGUUCAGAGUGGAUGUUAAGGGUCCUGUUUUGUUUGAGCAGAUGAGAAUUACGCCGAGGCUGACUGAGCCGAGCACUGAUUUGAUUUGAAGGCUGGACAGAGAGGAAACAUGUAAACUAGUGUAAGGGGCUAUCUUCCAUUGGCUUGCCACAAACAAGCUUCCAGCCCGUUGAAUCAGAUAGAAUUAAUUCCCUGAAACUAUGGCAAUAACUGCUUCAAAUGUGUUAACCAAAAGUGAACAUGGCUCUUCUAGCCUGGAUGUUGUUAAAGCCACAUUUCCAUCAAGAGUUACUCAGGACUAUUAUUCCCAGGAACUUCUUUCAGUGCCUUGAAAAGUUCCUUUAGCCCAAGUCCCUUUACUCUCAUGAAGUGCUACCCCUUUCACCUUUGACUGUAAAAUAAAGUUAUUGGUACUUUAUUUAGUCCCAGGGCUCUGUAGUCAGUAUCUUACAAUAAAGUCCCAGGUUCUCCGAGAAAGUUCCUGUGGUGGAAAGGCAGCUCUAUUCUCAAGUAAACACAUUGUAAAGCUCCUUUGAGGAGUUUAAAACUUGUGAUAAAACAAGCUGAAAAUAAUUUUGGCGCCUCGUUUUGACCUAUAAAAGUAAAUGAGGCCAUCAGCAUACAGAUUGGUUAUUUCAUUUAUCUUAUGAAACAGCCUCUGUGUUUACAUUUACCAUAGUAAAUAUUCUUGACAGGUAAUGCAUUUGAAAGCAGGGAGGGAUUUUUGUUAAGAAACACUACUUAUAUAUGUACAGGACCAAAUCAGCAAAAAAAAAUAAAGGUACCACGUUGUCCAUAGGGGGCGCCAUAAUCAACACAAAGUUCCUCACAGGAGCUUUAAGGUUUGGAGAUGUUAUGUUUUCCAAACUAUACAUGCAACACUGGUCUUCCAUGCUUGGAUAAACACAUCUGAAUAAUUUUGCAUUUCAGCUGAGCUGAGCUAAAAAGUGCUUCUGUUUGUAAAAUCCUCACUCUUCUCACUCCUCUGAUACGCGAGGAAAAAACUAGCAAAAGAAACUCACAGAAUGCAAACAUUUAAGUCUUCCAACACACACUCAAUGUAGACUCAGCAUAUGUCUUCAUCUUAUUAUACAGACAGGCUGUGCAUACAAACAAACAGCUGAUUAAUGGCGCUUAUUAUUCAUGGUUCUCACUGUCUCCCAGAAAGGUUUACUCAGCGUAGAUGCUCCGUUAACCCUCAGGGGAAGAGGAGAGACAAAGACAAAGGUAGGCAGGGAAUGACUGCCAGGAUUUAGACUACACCUGUGAGCAGGUUUGUGCCUGGAAGAUGACUGGGUGGGUCAUUUAUUUUGGUUUCUGCCGAUGUUGUAUCGCAGUACUCAGUACAUUCUCAGCUCAACUUCCUCAAAAAGAACGCCCCCUCCCCCUCUGAGUUUUGCACAGUACGGGGAUUUGUAUGUCGUAUAUGUGAGAGCUGGCAUCUUAGGCACGUAAAUGAUAUUCCUCCCCAGCACUGCACUCCUCUGCAUCUGAGCCCUUUUCCCUUUAACCUUUCAGAGAUGAAACAAAAUAAAAAGCAUUACACAGUGGGGAAGACCGUGACUCAGCUCAGCAUGAUCCUAGACUCGCUUGACAGCACCCUGCAGGGUCUGUGUUUUUUGGCAGAAUUUGGGUAUGAAAAUACAUAAAUUGACACAGCUACAAUUUGGUCUCUACAGUGAUCUUCUUUUUUAAUAUCACCGAGCGGUACGAUGACUAUGUGAAUUGAUUUUUUUUUUCUUGAUCAACUUAAAUCACAGUCCUAAAAGAAAGAUGAAAAUGAUGUAAGAUGCUGAAAAGAGAUGCCUCAGGUCAGAUGUCUUUGUGAAUUUUAGAUGAAAGAAAUCCCAAACACACAGUCAGUUCUGCACUCUGCAGAGUUUUCCUUAAUGUCCACGUUUGCUGCAGGUCCGGUGGAGCUCCAUAGGCAGAGUUUGAGACUAAAUUGCUUAUUUAUUGAGGUGACUGAGCGUGGCAUUGUAGAAAAGUUAUUAUUGCUGCAGUGUGAAGACAGAUUGGCUGGUCCACUUCGAGGCCACCUUGAGAGAAGCCGCCUCUGCUGAAGGACGCUAAAAAAGUCCAGAAAGGGACUUUUGACAUUCGUCCUAUAGAAUCAGAAAUGUAGACACCCCUGUUCCAUAUAUUUAUGUAGGCUACCGCUAAGGAGCUAAUACGUGUGUGUGUGUGUGUGUGUGUGUGUGUGUGUGUGUGUGUGUGUGUGUGGCUGUAAAUGUACGUCGCUCUUUAGUUUCUGUAAUACUUGAAGGUUUUUUAGUGUUGACCCAGUAACUGCUGCAUUGUUGCAUGUGCAACACAAUAUCUUGCACAAACUUAUUUAACACUCAACCAGAAGUUUUACCAUUAAAAUGCAGACACCUUAGCUUGUUGUAUCUUCUCACCUGAUUUUGCCAGUUUUUAAAUAAAGGCAAAUCUGAUUUGAGAGGUGCUAACAUUAAAGAUCUGGAGGCAGUUGCACCAGCAGUUUGUUUAAUCUAACUAAGAUAGAGGUGACGGAGGAGAACAAAUUAUGUUUCAUCCAAAUUUUAAAUUGUACGUUUUUAAAUUGAAAAAAAAAAUGAAUGGUAAAAAAAAGCAUUACUGAAAUCCUAACUAUUAUGUGGAAAAAAAAUCAGAUGUUUUGCCUUCUCAACUCAAAGAAAUGUUCCUCCAUAUUUGUUUCUUUAUGUUCUCAAACAUUCGUUUUGGAUUUGAGAUGCCACUGUUUGCAUAGGUGAUUGAUUGGUCUUGGACAACACUACAGGGUUUCUUACUAUUUUUUUUUGACUUGAGUCUUUCAGAGCUGAGCCUUUCCUUAAGUGUUAACAUUUUAACUCAGUUAGGUAAACGUACCUGACUGAUAGAGGACAACCCUAACCCUAAGGGGAGAUCAGCGGGGAAAUUAAUAACAUUUCCCAGAAACUAUUUUGUACGCACCAGAAACUAUCCCGUAGGCAUGAGAAGGUAUUGCGUUCACGCAUGAUAGUUUCUGGUGCUAAAGACGAAAUAUUGCAUGCGCAUAUUCUUUAGUUAAACUUCCUUGUGAGCAUGAGAGACGCAACAGAUACUUUCUGGUGUGCACCUGAAUCUAAUUUUCUGCCAAUGUCUGGUUAGGGACUCUACCUUAAGUGGAUUUGUGUUACUCAGAAGUUUGGAGGAACUUUAUAUACAAACUUACUGAUGGAUUAACAAACAGCGUGUGCAACUUAAAUCCUGGUUCCUGAUAUUAUAGUACACUUCAGACUCGUAUACUGUACUGUACUCGUGGCUAUAUUGCGUGAAGUCUUGAUCGUGUAGUGAUUUAACCUCUUUGUUGAAAUCAUACACUCA